AACUGGUGUUACCAUCCACUGCCGUGUCUUCUUCGACGUGGUAGUGGCUCGUGUUUGCACAAACAUGAACGGCAGCACCGGCGAAGAAUGCACGACCGUAUCGGCACCUGGUAAAGUUCUGGUCGCAGGAGGCUACCUCGUGCUAGACAGACCAAACAUUGGCGUAGUGUUGGCGGCCACAGCAAGGUUUUUUACGUCCGUGAAAUGGACAGAAGAAAAGACACCUGCCCCGGUCGCGGCACCUGAAAAAGGCUUGCAACAGUCUCUACUGCGCAUCAAGGUGGAGAGCCCUCAGUUCCGAUCCGUGCACUGGUACGAAUGUGUGAUGUAUGAAGACGGCCGGCUCCCGGUUCUUCUCGCCAGUUCCGACCAGACCUCGAAUGUGUUCGUGGAGCGGGCCCUCACCUACGUCCUGGGCUAUCUCCUGCAGGCGAAAGGGGUGGGGGGCGGCAAGAGCAAUGAUGUGAAGGACACUGUGCGUUCCGCUGGUGACAAAGGCCACGCGCUAGCCAUCAAGCUUCGGGCUGACAACGACUUCUACUCCCAGACGAGCCAACUCCGUGCUCGUGGUCUGCCUUCGACAUCGGGCGCGCUUGCCACGCUACCACCCUUUCUGGAGUGCCCAGUCUCUGAAGAUGGCGCAGUGGUGGUCGCCAAGACAGGAAUGGGAAGCUCCGCUGCCCUCGUUUCUUCCUUGGUUGGAGCCCUGCUGUCUUUCUUCGGUGCUGCUCGUCUGCCGUGCUUUGACGGUACCCCGGACGAAGAACCGACAGGGGCGCCGGCAUGUGGGUCACCAUCUGGAACGGAUGCUGCUGUUCUGGGAGUGAACGAGAGCUUGGAUCUCACUCACAACCUGGCGCAAGCAUGCCACUGCGUGGCGCAGGGAAAGGUUGGCAGCGGCUUCGAUGUCUCCGCCGCCGUGUACGGCACUCAUACGUAUACACGCUUCUCGCCAAGUGAACUUGCCGACGCGCUCUCUGCGGGUGACGCAGCUAGUGCCGACGGAUCAAGCGGUUUCUCCGCAAGCCCAACCCCUAUCGAGCGGACUACGGCAUGCGUUCAAGCUCGGGGUGGGUGGGAUGCAGAAAGGAGUCAAUUGCGAUUGCCACCCUGCUUCCGACUGCUGAUGGGAGACGUGUGUGGUGGGUCGUCGACUCCGUCAAUGGUCCGGAAGGUGCAGGCAUGGCGUGCUCACCCGUCGACCGCUGACCAAGCCAAAGAAUUGUGGUCAACGCUCGGUUCUACCAACACCGUCAUCGCCAAGACGCUUAACGCGCUUGCUGCUAUGGCAGCAGUUGUACCUGGAGGAUCCACCGGAGGUCAGAGCUUCGAGGCUGACGCAAAGGUGUUGUCGGCUCUACCUCCCAGCAAGUGGGCUGAACUAGCGGGCAGCGGAACAUUGGGUGCAGACUCUUUACAAGAACUUCUUCACCUUCGCACGGCCUUCGCCAAAGCUCGUCAACUCUUGCGCGAAAUGGGGGAGGAUGCUGGCGUUCCGAUCGAGCCGCCGGUUCAGACGAAGCUGGUGAACGCUACAUCGACUCUUCCGGGAGUACUCUGCGCCGGCGUGCCUGGUGCCGGGGGAGUAGACGCUGUGUUCGCAAUCGUUGUGCACCCAGACGCAGAAGACGGCGUGCGAGACUUAUGGGCUAGUUGGCGAGUAGGCGCGGAUACAGAGAGCGAAGGCGAGGGGGCUACCGUGUGUCCCCUCUUGCUGACAGCAUCGGAAGGAGGCCUUGAGGGCGGGAUCGUCUCCUCACGGACGUUAGGAUGGGAGUAG